UGUACAUGACAUUGAGCCAUUAUUCUGGUGAAGAAUUUUCUAAAACAUCUAUCAUGUUUUCUAAAUUACCAGUGGCAGAUUCUCUCUUCAGCCCACCUGUUUCGAGCUAAGCACGAAUAUCUUUUCUUUCAUGUCCAGUGGCUGGUGAUAGCAGUCGUUUCCAAGAUUCCUGAUUGGGUGGAGCCCUAGCUAAAAGUCUCCCUAAAAUUUCAGCCAUUCAGUGAAAGUAACCCAUUAAGACCUGGAAUCCAUGUUUAAGAAUUACUACUGCUCAAAUUGCUACAAUGGCAUCAAAGAGAAUUGUGAAAGAGCUCAAGGACUUGCAGAGGGAUCCCCCAACUUCAUGCAGUGCAGGUCCUGUGGCUGAGGAUAUGUUCCAUUGGCAGGCAACCAUCAUCGGUCCCAAUGACAGUCCCUAUUCUGGUGGUGUUUUCCUUGUGACCAUCCAUUUCCCACCUGACUAUCCUUUCAAACCUCCAAAGGUUGCCUUCCGGACCAAGGUUUUCCAUCCAAACAUUAACAGCAAUGGAAACAUCUGCUUGGACAUACUCAAAGAACAAUGGAGCCCUGCACUCACCAUAUCCAAGGUUUUACUCUCCAUUUGUUCACUGCUCACUGAUCCUAACCCUGAUGACCCUCUUGUCCCUGAGAUUGCUCAUUUGUGCAAGACUGAUAAAGUGAAGUACGAAUCAACAGCUCGCAGCUGGACCCAGAAAUAUGCCAUGGGAUAAACCCCAACUACCGCAAAGUAGACCUCACUUGACUUGAUCCUUCAAUCUUCCCCGUAUUCCACUAUGUGUAUGAGGUAUAGAGCUGCCUAGAUAUUGUUAUUCUUGGUAUUUAUAACUUUCCCUUGAAGGCUGUAACUUGGAAUUUGAGAAUCCCUUGAAAUAAAUGGCUGGCAAGAUUUGAGACUUAAGUCUUAACCACUGUAAUUCCCUUGCUUGGCAUUGGUGGUUUUUGAGUAGUCUGAAAAUGUAAUAAACCUAUCAUCCAGGACUAUUUUUUUUUACA